CCAACUCUUUCUGCCGCGGCCCGCCGAACUCGCGGGCAGCCGAACCGCCAGUGACGCCCGCAGAGCUCCGGGUGCCAGCGCGGGGGGCCAUGCCGUGUGGGAGGGAGGAGGAAGAGGAAGCCGGCGAGGAAGCGGAGGAAGAGGAGGACAGCUUCCUCCUCCUGGAGCAGUCGGUGACGCUGGGCAGCUCGGGCGAGGUGGACAGACUGGUAGCCCAGAUCGGCGAGACACUACAGCUGGACGCAGCACAGGACAGCCCGGCCUCCCCGUGCGCUCCGCCGGGGGCGCCGCUGCGACCUCCGGCGGCGGUGCCGGCAGACAAGGCCUGGGCUCCGGCGGUGCCGCUGCUGUGGCCGCCGGCGUCGGCUGAGGUCGUGGGCCCGGCUCUCCCAGGGACUCUGCGCUGCGCCCUCGGGGACCGCGGGCGUGUGCGGGGCCGGGCUGCGCCCUACUGCGUGGCCGAGCUCGCCGCAGGCCCCAGCGCGCUGCCCGGGCCGUGCCGGCGAGGAUGGCUCCGGGGCGCCGUCGCCUCCCGGCGCCUUCCCCAGCGACGAUGGACCCAAACCGGGGCACACGCCGGCGAUGACGACCCUCACCGACUCCUGCAGCAGCUCGUGGUCUCGGGAAACCUCAUUAAGGAGGCUGUGCGGAGGCUCCAACGAGCCGUCGCCGCAGUUGCAGCCACGGGCCCGGUAGGAACACCUGGGCCUGUGGGAGGCCACAGCGGACCGGACCCUGUCCCCUUGCAGCCCUCCGGCGCCUUCCUCUGACCCAGGCCCCCUGGAGGAAGAGGAGGUCGCUGCAAAGACCCAGCAGCGACCCACCACCCCUAAGCUGAAGCCGCCGUCGCUAUCCUGAGAGUCACCGCGUAGGCUGCGGAGAGGCGCGUGGGGAGAGGCCUAAAGAUGAGAAACUACCCAUCCCGGUGAUGCUCUUAGAGAAAACAUAAGAAAUGCCCGAGCCAGGGCGCGUCUUUGGUGCAUGAGAAUUUCCCCUGCCAUCGGGGCCAAAGACCUGGGAUAAACUGGGAGAACUGUGGCAGCUACUUACAUCGACUUGUACCUGACUUAGCCCGUGGGGGCGUCGUGAGCUUGGAUUGUUCAAAGAGAGGGCUCAAAGGGGCGGUAUUCGCAAGAGCUUUAUAACAAUACUUGAAAACUAAUGACACACAUACAUUUUCUUGUUUUCUGGGGGAGGAACUUAGUGAAAGUGGUGCUAUAAUUGCUGUGCAAAGAAAUUUCGAGGGGGUAGAAGAAUGUAAAAAGCUUGGCGGUGGGUGGGUUGGCAUCACCCCCUUUCUCCCACCUAAUUGGUGGCCGGUGAAGGUGGAGAUAGGAACUCUAGCUAGGAGACUCAGGAAGGGAGAUGGAGGAACAUUUUGAAAGUGGAAGAGUUGGAUUUAAAUGUGGACUUUUAAGUGACUUGACCUUGCCACUUGUGGUUCAAGGUUAUGGUCUGCUGCAGAUGGGAAUGUUUGGGGGUUCCUGGGAGAGCUAACUCACCCUGGGUAUCUUUUCCUCUUGCUCCAAGGAGAGCCCUGUUUAUGCUUUGCUAUUGCUUGGAGUCUCCUGAGAACCCACAGAUAGAGGGACACACACAGAGAGGGACGUGUGGGGAGAGUUAUCUGCUUUUUCUGUUUUUCUCUUUCCAGAACUACUACUGCCAUUGUUGGCCAUGUCAGGAGCUUUCUCAGAAACGGUCAUAAACAGUCGCUUGAGUUUGUCCCGGUCCUCACUGUCAACCUUUCUUACCCUUUCUGCGGCAUCUGUGGGCCUAAGCCUCUGUGGGUCCUUGCUUGCACAAUUGGUUUUCUCCUGCUAUCCCAGCUCUUCUUUUUUGAACGACUGAAAUUGUUUUUUAAAAUGUGACUCUCCCAGAGGAGAAACCUCUGGCUUUACCCUUGUGAAACUUGAGGGCACUUUAUUAAGGUGUCACCCCCACACUUUAAGGUAGCUAAACCAAUUUUUUUUAAAGAUUCAAUGGCUUGUUCAUCCUCCAGAUGUAGCUGUUGACGUACACUUCGCAACGGAGUGUCUGAAGUUGUGAUGGUCCUGAUUUAUAGGAUUUCUUAAUUAAAAUGUCUACUGAAUAAAUUUGGAUUUUCUUUUGGA